AUGAUUAUGAAGGAAAAUGCCUGCUAUUAUCAGCAACAGUUCAGUGAUAACGCGAGAGGCCCUCCGUCCUCAUCCGAUCUGGUGAUGCAGCAGGACGGCUAACGAGCAGCAACAUCCCCGCAUACAACCAUCACACUCAGUUAGCUAGCCUCAUCUUUUUAACAGCCAACACUUCCUGAGAUACUCACGGCAAAAUAAACACAAGGACGGUGAAAGCUGGUACUCUGGUGGUGAGAGUCAGGACUGUUGUGCCCACACGGAUGUUUUAAAAGUCUAAAGUUGGGGUUUUUGGCCUCCGAGCUAACGGCUGCGCUAAAAUAACGUCUCCUCGCGUGCUCCACCUCGUCCUCCUGCUAGCUCGCGCUCAGUCCCCUCCAGAGUACCGUACCGGGUGAGUGUGAAAUGCUGAGACAACCUUUUUCUUAAUGUUUUAAACCCGUGUUAAAAACAUUAAUUCUUGACAGGUUAUCAGCAAAGCUGAGAUAAAUAUUCAAAGUAAAAGACCUCACCAACCUCCAGUCACGUUAUUUUCCAGAGCCGGUACAGUAGCCUCUCUCUGCUCAAUCACUUGUGUGUCUUUGUCUUGCGGACUGUAGCCAAACUCCACCCGGUGGACAACAUGGGCAGACAACGGGCGGCCCGAAGCUGGAGACGUAUUUGAGACGACCAGCCCCCAUCAGCCGGACCUCUACUACAUCAACACUCUGUUUCACACCGACACCUGGUGUCCAGAAGAAGGUACUACACUAA